AUUCCCUUCCAAAACAGGUAUCGAUACAGGUACUGGCGUGGGGGCGAGUUUCCAGCUCCGGAAGAGGGUGGCUUACGGGCUGGUGGAAAAACAGGGUCAAACACCCGUUUGGAAGCCAUGGCAACGUGGCCAGGACACGGGUCUUGGGGCGGGAGUGGCUUCGGCUUUGUUUACAAGCAGUCCAGGCAGAAAGUGUCAGGAUUCGAGCGAGCACAGCUGCCAGAAUGAGCACGCGGAAUGUGAUGAUCACAGACUUGGAUCAGCCGGAUCCGGAGCAGCAGUCGCAGCAGCCCAAGCGGAACCGGAAGGUCCUGCAGACCCUGUCGGGCAACUUCAACCGUCGUUCGCGCAGUGUGGAGGUGGAGCUGAAGCAGCAGCGCCAGCAGGACAGCCUGGGCACCGGGCACAAGGAUCGCAGGAAGGAGCGCUCCUUGAACACGCUGCUGCAGGCCAAGGAACAGCAGUUGGAGCAACUCGUCCAGCGAUUGGCCACUCUGCAUCGGUACAACGACCAGUUCGCCAAGGAGAACGACCAACUGCGCCAGGACAGUGGCCAGCUGGAGCGGCGUCUGGCGGAGGCGGAGCAGCAGGUGGCCAGCUGCGCCCGUUGUCAGCAGCUCGGUCAGCGGCUAGACACCGUUCUCGCCCAGAAUCGCACUUUGGCCGGCGACGUGGACAUGCUGAAAACGCUCGUCUUCAGGCUGAAUGUGCAGAUCGAGAGCUACCAGGAUCAGAGGCGCCACGGGGAGGAGGCUCCACCGGGCGGAGGAUCAGCGAAGGCCACUUCGCCAACGGCACCCUGUCCCCCAUUACCCACUCACACGCUGGGUCCACUCCUGCAGGCCUACGACGAGUCACUGAGGGACAAGGACGCCCUGUUGGCUCAGUUCAGCACGGAGUUCGAACAUUUCACCGGGGAACUGAAGCGCGCACUCGAGGAGAACACCAAGCUGCUGCAGUCCCAAGAGCAGCUGCGUCGCGAUCUUGGCGGCUGGCGCGAGGAGCGUGUGUGCCUGCAGGCCCAGUUAGGGGUGUGCCGCUCCAAAGCCGAGACCCAGACCCGCAAAACCGAUUUGGCCAAGGAGAAGCUGGUGGAGGUGAUGCACUGCUACGAACAGCGCACGCAGACGCUGCUCCUGGACAUGGACCACUUGCAGGCGGCCUAUGCCCGCACCAAGUCGGAAUUGGCCGCCCUGAAAAGUACUCCAGCGGAAGUUCCUGCUCCUGUUCCCGCCGAAUCGGAUGCAGUGCAUCAGUGCAAGGCCCUGCUCGAGCAAUUAAGGCAGGAGCACGCUCGGGAGCGCUCCUCCCUCCAAGAUCAGCUGCAGGCCACCACCGCACGGGCGGUUUCACUAGUCCGGAGCACGGAGAAGGCCAAGCAUGGCCGGGAUCGGCUGAAGGCUCGUCUGCGUAUGGCCCUGCAGUGGGCGCAAAAGCUGGAGGCAGGGCAGGCGGAGGUGCGCGACACCUACGAGGCGGUGCGCCGCCUGGAGGUGCUGGUCCAGCACAAGGAGUCGCAGUUGCGAGGUCUGCACGCCCGGAACGCCGAGGAGCUGGACAAGUUGCGCCAUAAGCUGCAACAGAAGGACGAAACGAUCCGUACGCUGCUCCGCGGAAAGAUGGAACGGCGACCGGCGGUGGAUUAACGACUAAAAUAUAGCUUUUUAACAAUUAAAAA